AUGUCACCAAUGAGUAAUUCUUGCGAUUUUUGUCGCCGGAGGAAACUUAAAUGUUCAAGGGAGCUACCAAAAUGUUCUAGCUGCAUCAAGUUUAAUAAAGCAUGCGCCUAUACUCCAAGACAGAGACCACCACCUUUAACGAAAGCGUAUGUACAACAAUUACAAAACCGAAUUAUCAAUUUAGAAAAUACUUUAGGGAAGCUUGUAAACUCAAACCAGGAAAGGGAUGUGUUACUUCAGAAUCAAUCAACCUCUGAUAAAAAUCACAACGACAUAAAUUAUCAGGUACUUCAGGGAGAGUCAGAUAUUCAAGAAAGUCCUGAUUCAGUUGACACUGAAACAAAAGACUUUAAUGCUGAAGAUUUUCUAUUAUAUGAAGAUUUCUAUAACGUGGAUGACUUAGACUGGUACGAGAAAGACCCAACAUCUACCAAUGAUGAAGCCCUGCCUAUAGAUUCAGGUAUGGAUGGCAAUACCCCAGAUAGCAUACCCUAUUCUUCAAAUGGACUUAUAGACGGAAUGGGAGCUUUAUCAAUUGGCCACGAAUCUAGUUUUAUAAAGCUGCAUGCAUUUUAUGGAAUAAGUUCAAGUAACGGACUUUUGAGAUUCUUGAAAGUCUCGGAAGAUAACGAACGAAACGAUAAUAUCAUUCGCAAGAACGCUCUAGACACCAAAUACUAUUCAAAUUUGGGAUUGUUGUACGAUCAGAAUAAUUCGAAACUACUUAAAAGUGAAAAUUCAGAUAUCUUAUUAAAUGACCCCUCCUUCAGAAAUGAUCUUGUAAAUUCAUAUUUUGAUAAUUAUCAUUGCUGUUACCCAUUUAUAAAGAAGACUUCUUUCUUAAAAGAGUAUGGAUUUUCCAAAUCAAACUCAGCUGCAAAUCCAAAUGGGCCAAGUUCCAUUAAAGAUAUCUCAUUUCAGGUUUUACUUAAUACGGUACUUGCUAUUGGAGCAUUAUGUAAGUUUGGAGAGCCAUCUAUUAUUGAUUUGUUAUAUUAUAAAAGAGUCAAAUCAACAUUACAGGAAAUUAAUAUCAUGGAAUGUGGUAGUUACCAACUACUAAAUGCAUUUGUUUUACUAGGUAAUUAUGUACAAAAAAGAAACAAACCCAAUACUGGCUGGAACUACCAAGGAUUGAGCUUGAGGAUGGCUAUUAGUUUCGGACUUCAUAAGGAGGUGAAUAUAAUUGAAAACUCUAAUAAUCAAGGUUCUCAUUUUUUGGAAACUCGAGAAAGAAGAAGAAGGUUAUGGUGGGGAUUAUUUUUCUUUGAUGUUGGGCUUACUAUAACCUUUGGACGACCUUUGCAUUUACCCCUUCUAGAGUCCAUUGAUAUAAAAUAUCCAUUGAAUGUUGAAGAUGUAGAAAUUGAAACUCUAAGAGAAGAUUCUAACGCAUAUACACUCAUUAAGCCAUAUCCUACAAUCUAUGCUGGACUACAACAAGAAGCUAGACUUUCAAGAAUUUCCUAUAAGAUCUACAGUUAUAUCACCAAAGUUUCUGGUAUUAAUGUUGAAAAUCCUAAGACAAAAAUGUCAGGACUAAUCGAGUUGAAUAAUCUAAUCAUCGGAUUUGCAAAAUCAUUACCUCAAUAUUUCAAGGAAGAUGACAUGGUGGUGACUAAAUGUCUAAAAGAAGUUUGUCCUCAAACUUGGUUCAAAAUUAAUUUGGAUGGUACUUUAAGCAUACCUAAGUGGUUUGAUUUUACGCGAAGACGAAUUAUAUGGCGAUAUAAAAAUAUUCAGAUAUUAAUGUUUAGAAGUUUCAUUUGGGAAUCAGGAAAGUUUUUUGAUAAAUAUGACAUGGAACUGAAUGAUUACUCGAACUUAGAAUUGAACGGCUUAUUGGAUUUAUGCAUGAAGAAUUGUUAUCUGGCAGCAAAAGAUACUAUAAACUCUAUCAACCACUACGUAUCAAAUUGCGAAUUAGAUAUUUUAUCAUCAUGGUAUGCAACAUAUUUUAUUUUUCAAGCUGUCUUAAUACCAAUACUAUUACUCUAUAAGAAAUGUCCAAAAGGGAUAGAUAAUGAUUUCAAGUUAUGGUUAGAUGAUAUUGAACAGACCAGGAAUACAUUAAUCAGCUUGCAAGGUUUUAAUAGCCUGGCUAAGAAUUUGAUUGAAACUGUUAAUUUUUUAGCUCAGCCUAUUCUAGAGAACUUGAAUGAAAUUAAUGAGAAUACCAACUAUGAUAACAAUAAAAUUGUAUCUGAAGGGGAGAAUGGCAAAGAAGGUUUUGAUUUUUCUGAUCUUCCCUCUGCGACCAUAAAUUUAUUCUCUAAUGUUGGGGUUGAUUUUAGUCAUUCAGGUAUUGAUUCAAACAUACUACCUAUGGGUGAUGAGAUAUAUGAUCAGUUUAUGUCAGAAGAAGAUAUAUCUAAUGAUAGUCAACUUCGUGGUGAACUUUUGUCAUCAGAAGAAGCUGUUAUUAACAACUUUUUACAACAAGAAUUAUUUCCGAAUGAUCCAAUAUUUGAAAAUAGCCAAAAACACCAGCAGUCCCGGGAUUCUGUGCACUUUGAUAAUUAA